AUGAAGCUGCUUUUGAAUCUGAUUUUUCUUCAGCUUUCUUCCGUCAGCGGCAAUGUUUUUGGAAGGCCAAGAACACUUGCUCAGAGAGCGAAGAGACUAAGAGUCAACGACUUUGUCGACAAAUAUGAAGAUGUGCAGGGGCCAGUUGGUGUUGUUGAAGUACAAAGCGAAGAGGCGGAAGAAAUAUCCGAAUUUCCAGAAGGAAUGCUGUUGGAUGUUGGACUCAUUUCUGCCGAGAAGAAUUCUGAAACUGAGAAGAAGAGAAAAGUUCAAAAACCAUUCGAUUGGGUCGCGACCAAAAACGACAACUGA